UUGGGAAGCUGUUCGGCAGACGCGUACACAGAUCAGGGCGAUUCAGGCCACUUUUAUUCGAUUUUCUCUUAAAAGUUUCGUGCAUUUUCCUCGCGUUUCCUUGAAUUUCCCGCAAAAAUCCCCUACAAUAGGUGAAUAAUAGUAAAAAUAAUUUGUUUAUCGUCGUGCUUGACAUUUUUUCUCGACUGUCGGCGUACUCGUACCCGUGGCGCGACCACCGUGCGCUUGGUAUUGGCUUGUACGCGGUACAAAAUUAGCGAACGUACCGUACUGCCGACCAGAGCAAGCAAAAAGGCCACAAACAGUGUGCAAAGUUUUCCCGGUUGUUUUCCGUGCUGUAUUUUGGCGGUUUCUCGGUACGAACUGGUUUAGGAAAAAUCCCUACCCGUACCGGCGGUGUGCUAGUGUGUUAAACAAUAUUUCUUCGAUAGUUUUCUCCCCGCGGCUGGCUUGGUUUGUGUUUGACGACUUGCAAGCAGGGAAAAAUUGUUCAUUGUAUCGCUUCUCGGGUUCGGUGAAAGAAGAGUGCGCGCGUUAAUACAACAGUGCAGCUGUUUAAUUAUUGCGAAGAUCGGUUUUUGCUAUCAAUAAAGUGAAUUCAUCUUUUUCGCCAAGAUUCCGGCAUUAAAGGGAAAGGAGAUGGAUCCGGCCGAUAUAGGGAAACAUCCGGAUCUGAUAAAAAAAGCUCAGGCCGACAUAUCGCAGUGUGAUGUGCUGGUGUGUGGCCGGUGCCAUUCCGUGUUCCAUCUGAUCGAUCUGUUCCGGGAGCACAAGGAGAACGAGCCGGACUGCAAGCGAUCGUCCGGCUCGACGCUGCACAACUGUGACGAGGCGCAGGCCAAGGUGUGGGCUUUCUUGCUGUGGAAAUCGGCCCAACGGCAAUCCGCAGGGGAGGAGAAGAAUGCCGGGGCAAACAACUCCUGGAAGCUGUACCAGACGUGGGUUAAGCUGGAGGAGUCCGUGCGUGAUACGUGGAUUGUGGCGGGUAAAACCAUCCAAUCGUUCUCGAAGACGGGUGCGGGAAAUCUUCAGGAAAUGCCAGUAAAAAUUACCAAAACGAUCCUGGAACCACAAAACGAAGCACAGGAUAAAGCCAAUGCCCAGAACCGCUUCACGCCAGCCGUUCGUAAGGUGGGAGACGUUAAACCGCCCACCACCCUUGCCGGGGACGCGAAAAAUCGUAUCGUUGUCGGUGCUCAGACGGGCGUGGUGAAGAAAACGGACGGCACACCGGUAAAAACUCCUAUCACGGGCUCCGGGGCGGCAUCAGCUGCUGGCGCCACCACCACCACCACAGGCACACCGGUACGGCGGUCGUUUGCAACGCGCACGCACCCCAAAACCGGGGCCUGUUCCGAGGAAGAGGUGGAGAAAAUUUUAGCCAAACGCUUCAGCCCCAUCAUCAAGAUGCACGAGUACCUGGUGAAAUGGGUGAAGAUGACGAACGAUCAAAAUACCUGGGAACCGCUGACGCAUCUCCAUUCGUGCCAAAGCAUUCUGGAACAUUUCGAGGUACAGCUGGCCAAGCAGAAGGAGCAGCGCGCCGCGACGGCAGCACGCGCCCUACAGAUGCAGCGCCAGGAGAAGGGAGCGACCGGUGCGGCAACCACAACUGGAACAGCAGGUUCGGGGACAACGACCACUACCACAACCACCGCCGGUUCCGGUGCUGCUUCGAUCGCGAAUCAACUCCGUCCGGUUCGCACCUCGAAGGCAAGCGCACUCGAUCGUGUAAAGCAGUGGACGGCUGGCAAUCGAUCGCCGGGUGAUUCCGCGGACGAUGCCACCGGCCCGGCUGGCAAGCGUAAGCUCGACGAAGCAGAAUCCGACGGGCCGAACGAUGCCGAUGGUGUGGAUACGGCAAAGAAGCUGAAAACCGAAUCCUCUUCCGCCGUAAGCGAUGCGCUAACGAAGGUUUCCCAAACGGGCAACGUAAAGAUCGUGUCCGUUUCGGGUGCCGGCGGUGGCGCACCCACCUCGGGCAUCAUGAAAUCGGCCGUGAACGGUACCGUGGCGACCACGGUCAAGGAUGGCACGUCGGCCGAAGUUGUCAUCAUAAAAUCACCUAAAGACGGUAUCGCCAGUGGCAUUAGCAAAAAGUCGCCCGGCCAGCAGCUGGUGGUGGGUGGCGGAUCGGCGGGCGCCAUCACGACGCGCCUAUCGCCGCGCAGUGGCGGCGAAGCGGCCAAGGUAAAGAUCGUCUCCAAGUCGGAAAUGAGUGGUGGUGGAGGUGGGGGUGUGCACGGAAUAUUCAAAGUCAAACCCGAACCGACCGGUUCUUCCCCACAGAGCUCGUCCCCGAAGGCGGUACUAACGACGGCAACGGCCGGCUCAACGACGCCCCAUCAUCCGCCGUCCCGUCCCAUCACCAUCACGACCGGCGCCUCCACGACCGAUUCGUCCGGCGUCACGACACGCAUCAUUCGCCGGAACAUCGACGGUACCGAGCAGCUGGUGAAGCAAACGAUCCGCAAGACGCCGAAGCUGGUUCCGUUCUCGCCUGGACAGCAGCAACAGCGACCCGGUGGAAUCGGUACACCCAAGCCGGCUGGUGUGUACACGUCCGCGCCCGUACCUAAAAUCACCACCUCGGCCGCUGCGAGCGGUCAGCAGCGAGCGACAGCGUCACCACGCGUCAUUUCAACCUCCCAGCAAAAGCCGAUCGGAAGCCGGGUAGUAACAUCCGUUUCCGGUGGACCCGGCACAGUGGUCCGCACCUCGACCGUCACCCGUACAGUCGGUGGGCCCGCAUCGUCCGAGCAGAAGAUCAACGCACUGCGCCGACAGGGCGUAAACGUGGUGAAGCGCGUCAUCACCUCGAGCACGGUGGCCGGAGGCAAGAAGGCGGGCGGCAACGAGGAGGAAGAAACGGAAGCGAUGACCGACGGGUUCUCUUCCAACAUUUCCAUUCCUCCCCCACCGAGCCCACCGCGCGCAAUGACCCUCUGCCCCGUGACGGGUAAGGUGCUGGCCCAAGCAGAAGGUGAACCUACUCCCGUACCCAGCCCGGAAGCGGAACCGGAAGAAAAGAAGGUAGACGUGAAGCAGGAAUCGGGCUCUGCCAACGCAAACCCCUCCGAGCAACCGGCCGCCGAAGGUGGCGAGCAGCAGAUGGUGGUGGCAACCGGCGGAGACCAGACGGACACGCAGGUGCAGCAGCUGCUGACGAACGAGGACGGCUCCCCGAUACUGGUGGCGGGUGAGGAUGGUACCGUGUAUCAGGUGGCGGGCAAGAACGCCGAAGGCCAGACGAUACUGAUUGCGCAAGGUUCGGAUGGAGAGCAGAGCUGCGUGUUGGUCGCUUCGCAGGAGGGCGAGGAAGAGGCGGCCGGUGGUGCCGGUGGCGUGCUGACGCUGGAUGCGGCCGUUUCGGAAGCCGUGGCCGUACCACAGGAGGGACAGGAGAUGACGGAAGAGCAGGCGGCACAGUACCAGCAGUCGGUCGAUACCAACCAGGAGUUGACGAUUUCGACCGAAGAUUCGCAGGACACACAAAUUACGGCCGAAGUAGUGCAAGCCGAUCAACCGUCACCCGGCGGUACCAGACGGGUGGUCUUACUGCUUCCCGAUGGCAGCUUCAUGAUGACGGAGGUUAACGACGAACAGUACCAGUCACUGAAUCUGGUCAACUAAAAACCAGUUGUGGAUUCCUACCGGCAAAGGAACGAGAGCCACUCGUUAAAGUUUAUCUUCUUUUUUAUAGAUAUUCUAAGCUAAACCUACGCGUGCAUUGUCCUGUUAUAACUAAGUUUUAUAAGGUAAGGUAGACUUUUACUGCUGCUUGCACAUUAUUUUCCUUGCAUGUCGAGGAAUGGUUUGCUCUUUUUGAUCGAACCUCGGACACUGCACGCGCGCGAGACGAGAGAGGGAUAGUAGUUAUUGUAUGACGCGUACAUUCAAGCAUAAUUAAUUCAUAUGACAUAUAUACACACACACAAACACACGGUAAAGUAAACGAUUGGUUUUGCUUUAACGGAAGCAAGGUGCGUUGUGCGCAACGCGCUAAAUAAUCGCUAAUCGCCACCAUUAAUUAGAUCAACUGUCUUAUUGUAGCAAAAGAGUAUAAAUAUAAACAAGUGAAAACAAAGGAAACAAUAUUGAAACACAA